UGCAGACUGAACCUAUUCAUUUGAAAUGCACUAGUGCAGAAUGCGGCCUCUCGUUACCUCUCCGACGGACUCAAAAAGCGGGAUAUUAACGAGUAAACUCGUCUCGUCAAAAUUACGUGCGGCUAUCCCCUAGGGUUUACGGUAAAGCAUCCCAUCAGCACCCUCUGUCUCACUUCCGAAAAUAACCAAGGCGCGCUCAGCUACUAGUGGCCAGACUGUAGAAGUCAUAUAACAGUUAAUAUAAGCAGAAGAUAAUCGGUAUCUAGUUAGAAACAAAGUAAUUGGCAGUUUUAUGAUAAAAAUGUUGAACUGCCUUUCAUUUCAGGCGCAGCUGUCCUCGAUCAUGGGGGUGUUAUCCAAAGCGGCCGUGGCAGAGAUUAUCAAACUUGUGGAUGAGGGAUCCGCUGUGCUGCGGUUAGAGAUGCGCCAGAGUCAGACGGAGAACGAGGAUCUGAGGAGGAAACUGCGCCUCAUGGAGACGGAGCUGAAGAUCGCCCAGCAGCGGGUGAUGGGCAGGACCAACGGCUGCUCCCUCGGCCGGUGCUCCGUCGGGGUGCAAACCGGCGACGAAGCCGGAGCAGUGGAGAAGGGUACUGACAGGAAGGAGCGCUGUCCCACCAUAGAGGGAGUCUUUGGGAAGGAGUGGUGCUUCAGCCUGUGGAGUGACGGGGAGCCGUCAGCUGCAGAAGAUGAGGACGCUUUGCAAGCCGGUUACACGAAGAGCAAGUUUGCAGGAAUGGCAGACAAGCCUGUGAUUCCUGAAGUAAUGGAUGCUUCCGUGGAAAAAAAACAUUGGGUAACUGAAUCCAAGGGAGGCCUGAGCAUCACACAAGAGAGACAGGAUGAGUUUGGUGACAGCUCUGCGGAGGUGUCUCGUACCGAGGACGACAUCAAUGAGGAGCUGUGUGAGGGGGGGCCCUUACUUCUGGACCCUCCCGAGCAUGAGGUCCUUGAGCCCGUCGCUGCAGUCGGUCACGGCGAGCAGGACAUGGAGGCUGUGGCCUCAGCCAUCGGCGAGGGACCCGACCUGGAUGCCGACGCCUCUGGUGGUCAUUUCCUUGGCUAUGGGAGCUUUGGCACGAAAGUGAGCGUUGGCAAACCCGGCAACUCUGCCAUCGAGGGGAGGUAUUUCAUCUGCUCAAUCUGCGGGAAGAGCUUCGCCUAUCUCAGCUACCUGAAGAUACAUCAGCGCCGCCACUCGGGGGAGAAGCCGUUCAGCUGCACGGUGUGCGGCAAGAGCUUCGCCCAGAAGGCGUACCUGACGCUGCAUCAGCGCACGCACACCGGCGAGAAGCCCUACAGCUGCGCAGAGUGCGGGAAGAGCUUCUCGCAGAAGAGCUCGCUGAACUCGCAUCUGCGCAGCCACACCGGCGAGAAGCCCUACAGCUGCGCAGAGUGCGGAAAGAGCUACGCAUACAAACACGGCCUGAACGUGCACCAGUGUGUGGACAGCAGCUGGAAACAUGUGGACUUGGUGUAAAUAACCGAGUAAAAUAGCAACGUAUUAAACAAUGUACCACAACAAUUUUGUAUGAGAAAACAAUAUGUUAAUCUUGUAAAUAUCUGUUUUGUACAACAAAUCAAAUACUGUUAAUCUUGUGAAUAUCUAAGUUUAAAGGUUUAUUACUGUACGUGUGAUGUACUUUGUUAAUUACAGAGCGUCUAUUUCACAGCCUCUGUGUUAAUGGUGAGCGACUUUUGAUGGCGUUGUGUUUUUAACACGUAAAGCAAGGACCAUAUCCUCCUAUACUUGCAUUUACACAGAGCAGUAAUGAAACACUGGCUAUUGUACUGUCCUGGGCCGGUGAUCACAGGUGAUCUUAAAGCUAAAAGUAGCUGCAAACUUGCCGAUUUAGGAGAAGCUCCAAACGUCUCGGAGAAUGAUUCCUAGGUCACUAAGACCGUUUCGCAAACCGUCGCAAAAUGGCUGUUUUUCAGUCCACGGCACAAUGUCUUGGAAACAUUAAACGAGCGCUGAAUUACUUAAAGGAUACCGCCUCAGAGGGAGAGAAUAAUGAUGGUUGUGGAGCUUGUGAGGGACGCAAUGACAGCAACAAACCGAAACAACCCAAUCAUAUACAUAUACACCGCUUAACGGAUCGUUAUAGCCUUUUUUUUUCGUUUUCUUUACGUAUCAGGCAAUUUACUAUCUGAUUGACAUUUGUUUAUUUAUUACAUGAGUAUAAAGUAAUAAAACGGACAGCGUAGUUACGUACUGAAUUUUAUUGACUCGUUCAAAUACAGUACGCUUUUCAAAUUAUUGAACUGAAUUGAAAUACGCUAAAAUACGGUACUGUACCUAAAAUGUACCUUAAUGUAGUGUAUACACAUACACCGUAGUAAUUUUUUUUCCCAUAUACUGUCAUUUUUAAAAAGACCAAAAAUGAACACUAUAAGUGGAUUACUAUAAGUGAAUUAUUUAAACAGUAUUUGUAAACGAUUGAUUCUAUCUCAAGCUUUUUGAUCUAUAUAAGUAGUUGAUUUUCAUAACCACGAUCACUAUAAGUGGUUUCCACUGUACUUGUGUCUAUGGGAUGUUUCGCGUACAUUUUCACCAGCACGUACUGGCCUCUCAUCAGUCAAUCGCCAUGGUUAUUCCAGGCAAGCUCGUGCAUAAGAAGUGACGUCAGCCAUAAUGACGUCAUUACUCUUAGCUUAGGAGUCGGCUCUUUUCCUAACUGAAAGUUGCUCUUGUUGAAUAUGUUUUAAGAAAAAACUCGUAGUUAAAAACUUUUAGUGUGAUUUCAGAAUACUCAGUACUAAGGUAAAAUGCUUUGGAAUAGGAGCCCUGGUCUCUUGGGGUGUACUCACAUGUCAUACCACUGUACUGUCAGAGGGGGCAUCUGCCUGAAAAUGCUCAGAUUCAGGUUCAGGUCACGCAUGCAUAUUUUGUUUAUAUCCAGUUUGUAUUGUCAUAUCUAAUAAAAACUUGCAGGGUAGUUUUUUUUACAUUUGAUUUUAUUCAUUUCAGUGUGACUUUCUUUCCAAGGUUUCUAGUUACUGUCUGUGUAAAGUCUGUGUACUGUUUUGCAAAUGCGCCCAUCCAUUCACCUCUCACGGCAGUGUUAUAUGGGGAUAUCAAGGGAUCUGCUCCUAAUGCACAGGAAACACUGUCUGUGCUAAUUAAUGCUGUUUUCAAAGCACGCCUCGUGUAGGUAAUUUGUCACGGUGUUACCUUCCAGAGGCGCCGAGUUGCUUUGGACUCAUUCCCGUUGUUUCUCUGUCCGUAACAUUCGUCGGCCAGGCCUGCAAGGCAGCCGGCUGUUGGCCUGACUAAUGCUGCUGUUUCCUGGCUCUUUACCUAACCCUAUCUGGAGAUUCUUGGCUUCCUGUCUUUCCUGUACAUCGAUGCUGGGACAUCUAUGCUGAAUUGUUUUUUUUAUAAUAAAUUAGUCAUGACUGUUUU